GUGAACCUAACAAGCUGCCUGUUAAAUGGGGAAUUCGACUUGACACAGGAGACAGCAGACAAAAGAAGGCGGAACUACGUGGCUUAAAUUCUAAAGGAGAUCUCAGUUUCCCCCUUCAAAGCAGCAGCACUUUUACAGAAAGCAAAGAUAAGAAAGAUGAUCUUAGAAAUCUCUUGAAACGUCUAGGACGCAGGACUCUGUGCAGGGGAUGCUGCCUGUAAACGGCGAGGUUCCCCUGUCUGGCACCUGCCAAGGGGUGCUGGUGAACACACAUGGAAUGCCCUGAGACCACUUCUUCUCCUUGAUGACCACAUUCAGGAGGCUGCACUAGUCAGACGCUAGCAGGACCCAAGGAGGGAUCGAGAAGAUGUAACCCCUUCCACUGUUUACCAUGAGAAGAUUGUCUAGCAAAUGGCUGAGGUUAAAGCUUUUCAGGAAGAAUACUCUCUUUUUCCUGCUCUUCUGGGUUUUCUGCUGGAUUUUCGGGAACACUUUUCUGUAUGUCCACAGGAGCCUGUUCUCAGAUCGCUGCACCGACGAGGAGAGCAAGAAGAUUCUAACACGGCUGUGCUAUGACUACACAGAUGGUGCUGUGACUGGAGACCUCUGUGAAGAUUUAUGUGUGACUCACAAGCUGGUUUACGAACAUUGUCUGUACUACCAUCCUGGAAAGAAAGUCAUUCAAGCCAACUGGCAUGGCAGCUUGAUAAUAUUGAAGUCCAAAACUGAUACAUUCUCAAAAUUUACGGCACCUGUCCUUUCAGAAGGAGUUGACACACAAACUAUUUCUGACGCAGAACUUCUAGUGAUGGUGGCUGUGGAGAUUAAAAAUGUCCUGGGUUUGGAUUUGGCUAAUAAUACCAUAAUGCCUAUUAUGGCAGAAAGGAGAAAAAGGCAAAACUGGAGAAUAGAAUUGGCCAGUAUGUGGUCUUUAUUUCAACAAGAAGAGUAUCUAAUCUUCAGUCUUCUGCAAGACUUCAGUAGGCAUGUCCUACACGUCAUUGGUACCUGUGGCCAUUUCUAUGCUGUGGAGUUUCUUAGUGUUGGACAUUCUUGGAAACAGAGCUUGUUUAACUUAGAGGAAGUUGUUGGUCAGUGCAAAAGUGGACAUAAAAGGUUAAAUGCGCUUCUUGACAUUGCUGUCAGUUUCCUUGACAUGGUCCAUCAAUUUGACAAUGACUUUUCCCAUCGUCUCCAUCUCUGUGAUGUCAAACCAGAGAACUUUGCAAUCAGAAAUGACCUCACAGUUGUGGCUAUUGACAUGGAUAUGGCAUUUUUCGAACCAAAAAUGCGGAACAUACUGGAGCAAAAAUGUACCUCUGACAAGGACUGCAAUUUCUUUGACUGUUUUUCCACAUGUGAUCUGAAGACAUAUACGUGUGGAGCACAAAGGGAAAACAACAAUCUACAAGUUAUAUGUGACAAGAUAUUUCGACACUGGUUCUCCACGAACAUCAUGCAGUCUGCCAAUUCCUUUCCACUUCAAGCAGAGCUUCACAGGGCUGUCCAAGAGUGUGCCCAGUCCAGUAACAAUGAAAAACCUCUUACCGAGUUAUACAAACUAUUUCGAGCUAGCCAAAAACAACUUCAAGAUAUAAAUGUCUAAGUUUACCAGUUGUGCUUCAUGUUUAUGGCUAAAGAAUAUAGUCCAAUUUACCCAAAGAGUUUUAAGAGAGCAUCGAGUUGUAACUAUUUUUUUCAAACAGAACAUUUUCCAUUCUACUUUAUAUUUUUACUACAAAAAUAUUAUUAAAGAUUAUUAUCAUAAUCACAAAUGUAAAAGUUUAAGUAGUGU